GAGUUUUUGUUCUAAACCAUAAUCAUGUUCACAACCUACAUAAAGAAUCUGAAUGAUAUGGUAUUUUCUACGUCUGAGAGCCCUGAGGAGCAGAGCACCGGGGUCUUGGGCCGUAUUGGGAGCUGGCUCUCUCCAUGGAAAGGAAAUGGUUCGAAGAGUCCCACUGGAAAUGCCUCCCCAACUAACGAUCAGGCUCCUAAGUCAGAGGGAGAAGAGGAGAGUGAGAAGCCUGUGAGACUCUGGGCAAAGAAUCAAGAGUGGGAGGAGGAGAAGGAACAGAGCUCCAAUCCCAAUCCACUCUUUCUCUCCAGAGACAUUUCUCCCUAUGAAGAACAGGACGCCACACAGUCUGCCCACAGAGACGGCUUUAUUGUAAGCAGCACUGAGACAGUAGAAGGAGGUUCAAAAAGGGAGGAGUUUUUUGAGUACAGGCAGGAGAGAAAAGGGCAGAGCAAGCAGAGGGAGGAGAGCAGCAACCGCUCUUCAGAGAGCGGGAAUCCUGAGAAAAAUGCCAGUCAUCUGACACAUCUCUCUUCCUCUUCUAAGCAGGGAGUGGUAUGGGACUCUGAUCGAGCCCACACCCAGCCACAGGCCCAUGCAGGCAGGAAGCUCCAUGUGUACCUGGAGGAGAUCAGCGUGACUCACAGCGGCAAAGACACCUGUGCUGGACAGGAAAUUAUCCGCACCGAAGUCACAAAAAAGAACUUAACGAUCCACCAAAAGGCACCGUCGUCACCAAGUUUUGAUUUGAACUUGAGUUCAACAAGUAAUGACAUCAAAAGGACAAAUGUGAGUCCUGCUAAAGGUGCACAUAGUUAUUACAGUGCCCUAGUGGGAGUGUCACUGAAAUCACCUAAAGACUCAGAAGCUGAAUCCGAAGAACAAACACAGGCCAACAGCAUGGGGCGUAAAAAUGCAGCCCGGAGGAAAUUAAGAAAGAAUUCUCAGGGGGAUGAAGGGAACACCCCCCAGGAAAAAAUGCCUCCCACUGCCCUCCCUGUCCCAGAGGGAAUCCUUACAUCAGAUAAGUCAUUGACCAGUCCUCAGGGCAAAAGUCCAGAGACUCACAUGGGAGAAUCAUCUGUAAAUUCCUCCUCCCAGCCAAACCCCACCCCUCAGGCUUCACCUGAAGGCACAAAGAGUGAGACUUCCUGCCCUGACGCUAUCAAGCAGUUGGACGACUUCCAGGACUCAAACUCAGUCAUUGCUGCCAGUCUGGCAUGUGUGUUGGAUAGGGGCUCAGACAUGGAGGACAACGACGACGACGUUGUUUUCAGAGUAGAAAGGAAGACAGAGACACCAGAGUCCAAACGCAGGAGUUUAAAGGUCUCUUGGAGUGAGGUGAAGUUUUUCACCAAAAAUGUGCCUCUGAAUCCUAAGAAAAGUCCAGAGGGAGGCACCCAGGAAAAGAGAAACAAAGAUGAAGCAAAGGAUAAGCCCAACACAGAGGUUGAUGGCAGACAACUCCAGCUGAAGAAAAUAGAUGAGGAGCCUAAGCCAGCCGCUGGCAGCAUUGCGAAUAAAAUCAACCUCUUCGAGAGCCCGGCAGCGAGGGUCAACAAACAGACCUUCCAGAGCCCGAGGAGUGCUGAUGUCUCCCCAGUUAGGAAAGCCACAGCGAAGCUGAAAGAUGAUUAUGUGUCGUUAGAGAAGAGGUCAAAAUCAGCUGAACCUCAAGUGAUGGCCAUGUCUGGUACUGCAUCACUCGUCAGGGAGAAGCCAAUGACAAUCAAGGAGCGAGCGAGGAACUUUACAGCGGCGUCUAAAUCUGCUGACAGGCCAGCUCAAAAGACAGCCAUGACAGGAAUGUCUCAAACAUCCUCGUCGUCUGUUGCAGUUGCUGCAUCAAAGGCCACCAAACUGGACAAUCAGGGUAAACUGGAUGCCAAGGAGCGAAUAGAUAAACAAAAGUCAGAGAUAACAUUAAAACCAGAUGGACAAGAUACCAAUGCUGUAGGUGUAAAAUUCACCAUUCCUAAAGAACAACUAACUGACUCUGACAUAAACAACACAGUGGCCUUAAAAACAGCAGAAAAGGCGAUGAAUGCUAACAGUUUAGAAACAGAUGAUCCAACUACAGAGACAUGUGAUUCUAAAGAACUGAAUAGCCUUUGCCUACAGCCCAAAGUCCCUAUCAGAACAGGCUCCAGAUCUAAAAGAAGAAAAGGUAGGGAAUCAAACAGUUCCAUCAGCCCAAAUGGUGAAAACAAACCAGAUAUCUCAUCAAGUAAGGCAGAGCUCACCGCUAAAAAACAGCAGGUGGAUGAUACAGGGGAGGCUGCCUCUGCCUCUAAGACACAGGAAGUGUCAUUAGCAUCUGAAAAAGCCAGUGGAAAUACAUCAGACAAACAGUCUCUGUCUGACACCAAAGGAAAAGCAUUUAAGAAGGAGAUAGUGGUGGUAGAGAAACAAAAGGAAAGGUUAGAUGUUCCAGUAACAAAUGAGAAUAUUAAUAAACUGGACAACAGACAGGAGGGAUUGCCUGAACCAUCUGUCAACAAAGAUGAACCUGAUACUGCUGCUGGUAGCAGUGGAACAAAGACACCUAUUGACAAGAGUCCCGCUAUUUUACCCCAAAAGCAGGAACAGGCAGGGGGAAACAGUCUCUCAUUCACUCAGAGGAAAGAAAACACCUCCAAGGACUGCAAAGAAACUUCAGCCUCCUCACACCCACCUGUGGUCGAACAACCUACUGAGAAGACUCGUUUGAAAAAGCAAGGGCCAUCUGUCGAACAUCCCAAAUUAGAAAAAGAAUUGCCAACACAAUCGGCAUCUAAAAGUGAAGGAAAAGUAAAGCAUCAGAAUAAGAAAUACCCUGGACAAAAACCACAACCCUUAAACAAGGAAACUGAACUAAUAAAUCAGGCUGAGAGUAAGGAUGUGGAGAAUUUAGAAAAGGUGGAAGGCGAAGAAAUGAAUCAGACUGAGAAGAAAAACAAAGAUAAGCCUCAGCAGCUCCUGCGUCCAGAUAAAAAUACCACAAAGGCCAAAGUUUCAGACGGCAGACAAUUUAUCUCUGGCACAGAGGAGAGUGCUGCAGUGGAUGAUGAAAGAAUAAAUGCUGAGAUAAAAGAGAAGAUACAGUCGUUAAAAGUCAUGAUAAAACCAGAAAUAAUAAAACCAGAACCGGCCGCUCAGUCCUCAGAGAGGACCAGUACAUUAUUAGACCUCCCUGCUCAAAAACAACAUGUCAUAAACACAGAGAAUACACAUCCAGAAAAACCUGCUGUUUGUGAUGUCACCCAGACUAAAGAGGUGGUGAGUGUGACAAAGAGUGAGAAACGGCCGUCAAAGGGGAAUCAGGCAACAUUUUUGCCCUCUGAAUUACAAAAGAAGUCUACAAAAAGUCCUGGAACAGAGACAGAGCCACAGCCUCAUUCUGUAUCUGUGGAAAAAACUGAAAAUCUACCGGAUGACUCAUGUCCACAUGGAGCUAAUGAUUCUGAGUUCUCCAGUUCCGAGUCUAUUACCAAAGCAACUACAGCAGCUGAGAAAUUGGCUAUAAAAGCCCGGGAUGGCACUCCAGCACUGAUAGCUGCACAGAAAGCGAAAAAAUCAUCUGUUAAAGAGCAUACUCCUAUUUCUGAAUCUAAAUCUGAGAGAAGCAAGGGAGCAGCUCAGGAUGAUGGGGAAAGCAAUUCAAAUGCCAUCUCAGUGCCUUCAGAAGUCAAAGUCUCAGGAGAUAUAAUAAAACCUGCUCGCCGCCAGCGUGAGGAUUUGAAAACUACAGAGAGCACAAGCGAUAUUACUUCAGUCAAGGGUGCAAAGAAAAUAGCACCCGGCCCCUCGGAUAGAGAGGCUUCCAGCUCCAUGGUUAAUGUGGCAGAGAACACAGCUGAGAAAACACUGCAUUCACAAAGCAAUGACGUUUUGCUUGUUGCUAAAGGAGAUUAUUCCCAUCAACUCAACACAGUCGAAAAGGAACUGGUCAAUAACAAACCAAGUCAACCUCCACAGGCUAAUAAGCCGACCCCAGAUACAACCCAGUCGUCAGCCAUGAAGAAGCUCCAUUUGCCACGGGGACUAAACAAAGACUAUGCUUCAGCACAGCAAGACGCCCCCUCUAGCUGGCUGGAUGUGGACUUCCCCAAACGGAAGCUUAAAGUCCCAGUGCCUAAACUUAGCUCAUCUGGUAGUGAGAGCAAUCUGCUGGACACUUCUGGUGAGCUAGAUGAUGAUGAUUUCAUUGAGAAAAUCAAGAACCUUUGCUCCCCGUUCUCUCUCCCGCCACGUAAACACAACAUACUACGGACCCCUCAGCCGCCAUUCGCCAUGCCUGCCAUCAGGGAGGACCGCCAUGAGAAGACUUUUGACCCCGAGGAGUUUAAGUUUGGUUUGAGGAAGAAGGAUCAGUUCAGUGUAGACACAACCCCAAGUUUGUUAUCCAGGCUGCAGAACAAGGACACAAAAUCUGGCCUUAAACCUGCCAGGGCCAGUUUGGUAGACAGGAGCAUGUUGCUCAGUAGCCUGGACACUCACUCUCGCCUCAAGGACCCAAAUGACAAAGAUGAGGAGGAUGUCAAGGAAGAGAAGGAGGACCAGGUUAAGGUGAAGUCUCGCUUGGAGGGCAGCUGUGUUCUCAGCAGCCUUUCCUCCUCCAUUUUCAGAGGAAAGAGGAAUGGUGCUCAAACGCAGGUAGAUGGCACCAGCUCUGGGGAUGUGUCACCAAGCGAAGCCCCCCAGCUAAGCCCUCCUUUAUCCCAGCCAAGUUCCACACCCUCACCUCCACUCAAAGUUACACUGGCCCCAAGCAACAGAGAGGAAGCCCAGGCUGUGGAGGCUGUGGUCGAUGACUCAGGCCCUCCACUUCCCUCCUUUAACGACGUCAAGCUGCCGGAUUAUUUAGAGAAGUACUUCCCCCAAGAACCAGCAAAACAAGGAAAGGAGCAAGUCAAACCCGAGGUUAUUGGAAAAAUGACAACCCCAGCCUCUGGAGAUGAAGCUGACCGGGCAGUGAAACCUCUUCAUGCUGUGCCUGCAUUUUCUCCGGGGAUUCCUCCAAUCACACCCCCUACUCUGCCGACAGCCCACACUGAGCCUAAACAGCCUCCGGCUCAGCCCCGGGGAACUCUUAGUAGAAAUAUAAGAACUGUCAAAGGAUUUCACAAGCGUCCUGGAAAGAUGGUGUUGUUUGAGAAAGCUGAGUUCAGUGGACAGGCCCAUGAGAUAUACAGGGAUGUAGCAGAUGCUACUUCUCUGCAGCUCUCACCUCUCGUCUCUGUAGUGGUUGUUAGAGGAUGCUGGGUUCUCUAUGAGAAGCCUGACUUCCAGGGACGCUGCUUCGCCUUGGAAGAGGGUGGCAUUGAAUUGACAAACAUGUGGGCUGAGCCUUCACCGGAGACAGAGCCACAGACCCUUCCGCCAAUGCUGAUUGGCUCCAUUCGACUGGCUGUCCGGGAUUACAGCCUGCCCCAUAUUGAUCUGUUUACUGAACCAGAGGGCCGCGGCAGAGUAACACCUUACCAUGAUGACACAAUAGAAACAGGCUCUUUUGGCAUCCCACUGAGCACUGCUUCCAUCCAAGUGCACUCUGGAGUGUGGCUGCUAUACAGUGACCCAGGCUUUCAGGGAAUGAGCGCUGUGCUGGAGACAGGAGUGUACCCGGUCCCGGAGACCUGGGGCUUCCCAUCACCCUUUGUUGGAUCUCUUAGACCACUUAAAAUGGGUGGUUUCAAAGUAGAGCAUCAAGAUGAAGUCAAGGCUGUGGUGUAUGAGAAGCCUGGCCUUGAGGGCUCCUGUUUGGCAAUUGACAGUGACGUUUUCAGCUUUUGUGAAAGCCAAGCAGACAUUGCUACGGAUGGAGCAAACUUGGACUCAACGCAACUGAAGUCUGUGGGUUCUCUAAAGAUCAUCGGAGGAUUCUGGGUGGGCUACAGCGAGCCUGGGUUUGAGGGCCAGCAGUACAUCUUGGAGGAGGGAGAGUACCUGGACUUCAGCGACUGGGGAGGCUCGGAGCAGCUCCUGUCACUGAGACCAAUACUGGCUGAUUUCAUGUCUCCACACCUCAAAAUGUUCAGUGACAGAGAUUUCGGUAAUCUGGGCGUCAACAUUGACCUUACAGUGCCUGUUAUUAACAUGGAGGACACGGGCUAUGGUGUGAAGACGCAGUCAGUUGAUGUCAUCAGUGGCGUCUGGGUUCUGUUUGAGGAGCUGGGCUUUUGUGGUGAGUGCUACGUCGUGGAAAAAGGCCUGUACGGAUGCCCGGAGGACUGGGGGGCGCUGAAACCCAGAGUUGCCUCAGCAAUGCCUGUCGUGGUGGAUGACUUUGAGAAUGCAGCCAAGUUUAAGGUGCAGCUUUUCUCUGACCCAGGUUUUGAAGGCUCUGUCAUCCCUCUGGAGAACAGCGUGGCCUCCCUGCAGGACGGCGUGUCUGUGGCCUCAUGUAAAGUCCUGGCUGGAAGCUGGCUGGCAUUUGAGGGCCAGGACUUCACUGGCAGGAUGUAUGUGUUGGAGGUGGGGAGCUACCCGGACCUGAGAGCGAUGGGCUGUGUCAGUGCGAGCUCCUCCAUCAUGUCACUACAGACGGUUGGAUUUGAGUUUUCCCUGCCAUCCAUCACUCUGUUUGAGCGGAGUGGGCUGUGGGGGAAGAGAGUGGUUCUGACGGAGGGAUCAGUCAACCUUCAGCUGGCUGGGGGCUGCAGCCGAGUCCAAUCUGUACUCGUGGAGGGAGGCAUGUGGAUUUUAUAUGAGGGAAUCAAUUAUCGUGGUCCUCAGAUCUUGCUGAAACCUGGUGAGGUGCCAGACUGGAGAAAGUUCAGCAGCUGGCAGAAAAUUGGAUCCCUUCGCCCUCUCACACAGAAGCGAGUGCACUUCCGUUUAAGGAACAGACACUCUGGGCUCAUGAUGUCAGUGACCGGCGAUUUGGAAGAGGUCAAACUGCUGCGGAUCCAGGAAACAGAGGAGACUGAUGGGUUCGAUCAGAUCUGGGUCUACCACGAUGGACAUCUCCACUGCAAGCUGCUGGAGGAGUGUUGCCUGGGUCCCAGUGGCAGUGUGACGAUGGCGGGAAGCCGUGUUGGUCUCAGCCCCGAUACAGAAAACCAUAUCCACCUCUGGAGCAUCACCCCUGAGGGCUUCAUCCGCUACACCCCUACCGCCGAUCUGGUGCUGGAGGUCAAAGGGGGACAACACUACGACAAAAACCAAGUGAUUUUAAAAACACUUGAUCCCAGUAGACCACAACAAAGGUGGGUUGUGGAGGUUAUAUGAACACAUAUGAUCUCCUGGACUGUUAUAUAUUCGUCAGAGGCUCCGUCAUGCAGCUACGAGAUGCUCGAAGACGAGGUACGUGUUCACCCUCUGCUGCACGAGGACUACACAAAUGUCCGAUGAGGAGGUCAACAAUGAGAGCUUUGGAUUCAUCCGUAAGAAUGUAUUACUACUCAGAGUCCGAACUUUAAAUAUUUUGUAUUUUACACCAAUUAUAUCCCAUAGCUUCUUUUUCUUUUCAUGGAAUAAAUCUGUUUGUCGGAUUUGAAUUAAAUUAAACAGUGUUAACAGUUUUCUACAUCUGUAUUCGAUGUCAUGUUAUAUAUGUGUGUAUAUAUAUAUAUGUAUAUCUAUAUAGCACUAUUUUCCAACUGCAUGCAAUAAGACAAAACCAAACAAUAAAUGUUCUCUUGCAA